GAAGAAGAUAUAAUCUUGUUCAGGUCGUUUGUUCCGCUGCUGCUGCUGCUGCCUAUUGUUCUCUCCGGUCUUUUCUCCAUCCAGAUUUGAGCCAAACAACACUAUGAGUAAGCUAAUCACAUCCAGUUCCGAAUUGGAUUUGGAUCGCCCUAAUCUUGAAGAUUAUCUUUCCCCUUCUGAAUCCAUCCAAGAGCCCCGAGGCAAACUACGAUUGCGUGAUUUACUUGACAUUUCACCUACCUUGACUGAGGCAGCCGGAGCUAUAAUCGAUGACUCCUUCACCCGCUGUUUCAAGUCGAAUCCUCCGGAACCUUGGAACUGGAAUGUGUAUUUAUUUCCCCUGUGGUGCUUUGGAGUGUUUUUUAGAUACCUGAUACUAUUUCCAAUGAGAGUUUUAACACUUACACUAGGGUGGAUUAUAUUCCUUUCAGCCUACUUUCCCGUGCAUUUAUUAUUGAAAGGCAAACUCAGAAAAACAUUGGAGAGGUACCUGGUGGAAUUAAUUUGCAGCUUUUUUGUUGCUUCUUGGACUGGAGUUGUCAAGUAUCAUGGACCACGGCCUAGCCAACGGCCAAAGCAGGUUUUUGUGGCCAAUCAUACUUCAAUGAUUGAUUUCAUUGUUCUGGAGCAGAUGACAGCAUUUGCUGUUAUUAUGCAAAAGCAUCCUGGUUGGGUUGGACUGUUGCAGAGCACUAUUUUGGAAGGUGUUGGUUGCAUAUGGUUCAACAGAUCAGAGGCAAAGGAUCGUGAAAUCGUAGCUAAAAAGUUGAGAGAUCAUGUUCAAGGGGCUGAUAACAAUCCCCUUCUUAUAUUCCCAGAAGGAACUUGUGUAAAUAACCAGUAUAGCGUUAUGUUUAAAAAGGGUGCCUUUGAACUCGAAUCCACUGUAUGUCCAAUUGCAAUCAAGUAUAACAAGAUCUUCGUGGAUGCUUUUUGGAACAGUAGAAAGCAAUCUUUCACAAUGCAUCUACUUCAGCUUAUGACAUCUUGGGCUGUUGUAUGUGAUGUGUGGUAUUUGGAGCCACAAAAUUUGAGACCUGGAGAGACACCCAUUGAAUUUGCAGAAAGGGUCAGGGAUAUUAUUUCAGUACGAGCAGGUCUUAAAAAGGUCCCUUGGGAUGGAUAUUUGAAAUACUCUCGGCCAAGCCCCAAGCACAGGGAGGGAAAGCAACAAAGUUUUGCUGAAUCAGUGCUUCGGCGACUGGAGGAGGAAAAAUGAUGAAGAUAAAAGAAAGUAAGAUUUAAGGUUUUCAGAUCGACUUCAGUUGUUAUGCUCUUCCUUUUUUCAUUCGGGUUUUUCUGCUUUCUUUUUCUUCAUAAUAAAAUUAAUAAUUAAGCAAGAACCUGCAGUGGGUAGUUUUUUCUUCUUCUUGUGAUCUGGGUUUAUUUUCGGGGUGAUGGUUAGCAUUACCCCUUUAAAUACAUCGUUUUAGUGAGAACCUGGAACUUACAGUGGGUAUUUUUAUAUUAGAGCAAAGUUUAUUUUGGCUGAUAAAUUUUCUGUAUAGAAGAAGCAUUAUGUUUCAUGUAUGUGGUUUUCCUAUUUCAUUCAUAUCAAAGUUUAUCAU